UCACUGUUAUAUAUUUAAUCAGAAAACGUUCACUUUGCAUUCUCGUUCACUCAUAAAACUCAAAAACCAAUGAAACCGAAAGGUAGAAGACGAUAAGAACGACGCACAUGCACGAAGAGAACAUAUGAUAAAUAUCCGGUGGCGGUCACGGGUGUUUCCAUGCUUCCGAUUGGUUGUCCUAUAUUGAAGUGAACCAAUCACAGGAAGCACCAACAGUAACUGUGAUAUUUUGAACAACGUCAACUUCAGUUGCUCUGGUGAAACGAAUGGAUGCUACGGCGACGUACUAGGGGCUUAAGAAUUUCAUAAAUGAGAGAUACCAUCGCACCGGAGCAUAUCAGAUAAUAAUUCAUACCGUCAGGGAUAGGGCAGAUCUUUUAAUUUGUUUAUGAGAAUGGCACCAUCUAAAAUUUUAAAUGCACAAAAUAAACAACGUAGUACUAACAUAACAAAUGCAAGAAAAAGAGUAACAAGAAGUCAGAAUGCUGUGCUACAUAAUGUUCUACUUAAACCACCUGUUCUUGGAAAAGAUCCAUGUAUCAAAAGAAAAGCAGAGGCAUCCCCACCAAACGAAAAAACUACAAAAAGAUCUGCACUAGGAAACAUCACUAAUGCUAUUGGAAAGACAUUGGGAACACAUCAACAAGAACCAAAGAAAACUGUUAAGAAAGCUACCAGUACUCAAGUAAAAUCUUUCACUCAGACAAGUUCUGUUAGAACGCUUGAAAAAGUUGUGACUAAACCUGAAAUAAUACCUCCAAAACCAAAGCCAGUGCCACCCCGUGUAAAAUCAGUGAAAAAAGAUGACAAGAAAACUGAAGUAGCUAGUACAAUUAUAAAUGUUAGACAUAGUUUAGACUUAGAAAAAUCAGAGGACAGUUCUUUGUAUGUAAGUGCAUUAGAAGAUGUGGGUGAUGACACUUCAAAGAAAUCUAGAAGAAGCAAUAUUCAGCCUGAAAAUAGUGAAAAUUCUGAAAAGUCUAAAAAAGAAAGUGAAACAACUGAACCUCAAGUACCUGCACAAACUGAAGAAAAAUCAAUAGCAGCAUGUUUAGAUGCUGUUCCUGAGAGAAACUUACCUGAAGGAGUUCAAUGGGAUUUUGAUGCAGAGAAUUGGUUAGAUCCAUUUCAGGUUUCACACUAUGCCAUGGAUAUCUUUAAUUAUUUGAAAGAUAGAGAACGCUUAUUUCCCAUUGGAGAUUAUAUGGAUAAACAAGUGUGCCUAUCCCGGUGGAUGAGAGCAUUAUUAGUUGAUUGGAUGGUAGAGGUUCAAGAGUCCUUUGAACUGAAUCAUGAAACUUUGUACUUGGCUGUGAAAUUAGUUGAUUUGUACCUUACAAAAGUAACAGUUGGAAAAGAAACAUUGCAAUUGUUAGGUGCUGCAAGUCUUUUCAUAGCGAGUAAAUACGACGAAAGAAUACCUCCAAUGGUUGAAGAUUUUUUGUAUAUAUGUGACGGUGCUUACACGCAAAGAGAAUUAAUUAGAAUGGAAAUGAGUGUUUUAAAAGUAAUUGAUUUUGAUCUUGGUAUACCUCUUUCCUAUAGGUUUCUAAGACGAUACGCUAGGUGUGCAAAAGUGUCGAUGCCAACUUUGACCCUAGCUAGAUAUAUUUUGGAAUACUCGCUGAUGGACUAUUCAACAAUAAUGUUCAGUGAUAGUAAAACGGCUGCAGCUGCACUUCUAGUUGCAUUACAGAUGAAAGAUCUAGGAGGAUGGACUCCGACUCUAGAAUAUUAUAGUAGUUAUAAAGUUGAAGACAUAAAAGACAUUGCUAAUCUCUUAAACCAAGGAUUACAUCGAAAACAUAAGGAAGCCUUAACCACGGUCCGCAACAAAUACAGUCACAAGAUAUUCUUUGAAGUAGCGAAGCUGCCAUUAAAAGAUACUUUAGAUAUAUAAAUAGCUUUAAAAAAACUGUAGGUAAUAAAAGCUGAGGGUGACAAUAA